AUGGGGGCGCGCGGCACAACAGUUGUGGCGGGGGCGGGGGCCGUUCGACUGCUGCGCUCCAUCCAUCCGCUUUGCCCGAGGCGUCACCGUCUUCACUGCCACAGUUCUCCCCGACGGAGGUGCAGUCAUGGGGUGACUUUGGUGCCUGUGGGGGAGUUGACGCCGCGGUCCACUGCGCUGUUUCACACCUACGGCGCGUCGGCGGCAGGCAGAGUUCCGGUAGUCACGGAUGCCGCCGCCUUCAAUGCGGUUCUCCGUGACAUGCUUCUGCCUGACGACUCGGGCGCCAGCAGUGUCGUGCGUGACUUGCGACGCAUCUUGAGUGAGAAGCGCGAGGAAGUUGCGCCAUUGCUAGCCAAAAAGCUCCGCAUCGACGAGGCCGUGGACAACCACUAUGUUCCACUGCUCCGCUACCUAACCCUCGCCUUGCUUCUGACGCAGUUUCUCAUUCUCUUCCGCUGGGUCUUCAUCGUGUUUGACUGGAAUUUCGUGGAGCCCAUGACCUACUUCCUUGGAUACACUGUAGUGUGGGCGAGCAUCGUCUUCCACUGCUACUACGGCAAGGAGCUCACGUGGGAGGCGAUGCUGGACGCGGUGGCGCAACGCCGUCGUGCGCGGUUAUACAAGAAGGCGGGAGUCAACGUGGCGGACAUCGAUCGGCUGCAGCGACAGGUCUGCAUGCUUGAAAGGAUAGUGUCAAAGUAUUGA